GGCUGCACUGAUAACUUGAUAUCGCUUCUGCUCUGGACCCCCAGGACCCUCAAAAGUCAGGCCAUUAUUCUGUCAUUGAUGCCGCUGUCUUGGUUGUAGCGGCCCCUGAUUGGCCUGCUCCGCCUUUUUACCUUUGCUUCCUCCCGUCGGGUGGAUCCACCCCAGUCGCCAACAAAACAACCGCCAAAAUCUUAACUUCGGGUUCAAGAUCAUCAUUUCGGUCUAGACCCCACCGAGCUGAAAGUAAACAUCGGUAAACAUCAUGGGAGAGAAACACCAAGAACGGGACCACGAUCCCAUUGCAGACCUGAUCGUCACCUACAAUGAACUCAACAGCUCCUUCAUCGAGGAGCUCCACGAAGAGCCCAGUGCGCUCGAGUUUAUGAGAUUCGUAGCCAGAAACACCCCUUUCGUCGUAAGAGGCGGUGCCGCAAACUGGAAGGCAACCCAGACAUGGACCGCCGAGUAUCUGUCCAAUUUUCUUGGGGAUGAGACUGUCAAUGUUGCCGUUACUCCUUUUGGAAACGCUGACGCCCCAACCAUCCACCCCCAAACCGGCUCUCUAGUCUUCGCCAAACCCCACGAAGAAGACCAACCCUUCAGCGACUUCCUCACCUAUGUGAUCCACCAAGAAAAGACCCAAGGGCUUCGCAAGUCUGAGGUUUGCUAUGCUCAAACCCAAAACGACAACCUCCGGCAAGAGUACUCCUCCCUCUACAGCGCCGUCCCCCCAACCAUCCCCUGGGCCCGCAUCGCACUCUCUUCUCUCAGUGACGAAGAAGCUAAACCAGAAGCCAUCAACCUCUGGAUCGGCAACUCCUUGUCGACAACGGCUUUGCACAAGGACAACUACGAAAACGUCUACGUCCAGAUUCGGGGCAGGAAACACUUUGUGCUGUUGCCGCCGCAUUGUUUGCCUUGUGUUAAUGAGAGGGAGCUGGAGAGUGGGGGGUAUGUGAGGAGGACAUGGAAGCAAAAAGGAGGAGAAAAUGGGGAUGACGGGGAGGGGGAGGGGGAUGAGGAAGGGGAAGGGGAAGAGGUUGGUGCUAAGGGGCAGUUGGAGUUGGUGAUGGAAAAGGACGACGAAGAAACAGGCAAACAAGUCACAGUCCCCUUCGCGAUUUGGGACCCCGAUAAGCCCGAGGAGAACACCACGCGGUAUUCGAAGCUGGCGGAGCCGAUGAGGGUGACGCUGGAGGAGGGGGAUAUGCUUUAUUUGCCUGCUAUGUGGUAUCAUAAGGUAUCCCAAUCUUGCUCGCAAGAAGGCAUUUGUGUUGCUGUGAACUAUUGGUACGACAUGGACUUCACCGGGCCUCUGUACCCUUUUACAUCCUUUGUGAGAGCAGUCAAUCAGCAGCAGCAGCAGCAGCAGCAGAACAAAAAAGAAUGAAGAGUCGUGAAAUGACGACGGAGUGAUAUAGAUCAUAAGCUAUAGAUAGAGGCAAGAUACCCAGCGGUCUCUCGAAUCUGGUCAUAGUCCCCAAGGCAUUCAUUGUGCACAAUGCCAUCAUUCCUGCCGACGACGCCGCCGCCGCCCAGCCGGCACGUCCCCUUCCCCAAACAUCGGAUGACAAGACAACCGGUCCCCGCCCCCUCCUACCCGC